CUGUUUGAUGCGAUAAACGUUGGAGUUGAUUGUCUGAAAUAGCAAAAUCCUCUCCGUAAUUUAAAUCUCAGAUUUCGAUCUAUGAUCGCGAUAUUGUUAUCUCGUGCGAUUAAAUGAAACUUAAAACUGUGGCAUGUGAAUAUUUAAUAAACAUUCUCAGACAUUUUUCUAUCAAAGAAGGGGAAAAAAAACAUACAUAAAAAAACAUACAUGUAAAACGACCGAUAUAGUUUCUCAUUGAAAGAGGAUUAUUCAGGCAGAUAAUGAGUACCGUAUGAAAAAAGACUAAAGACGGUCUGGGUGGCAUGAAUCGAAAACGAGGCAACUGACAAGGAAGGCUUGGUUUUGUUUAAAAAGGCGUAGAAACCGCUUGCGUUUGGAGAUUUCUUUGCGAGAAAGACGUCGGUUUCCUGAGUAGAUAACGACACGUCGCACCCGAGAGACUCGAGGAUGCCGCUGUUCAAGGCGCGGAUCACGCCGAGAUCGCCGGUAACGGAGAAGGCUGCAAAUGGUAUGCAGUAUUACAACCAUCAGCAUCAUCAGCAUCAGACCGGCAAUGACAAUGGUCAUGACAACGACGCGAAUGAUAACGGUACCGGUAGCCGAUCGGGAAACGGUGCUCCUCCUCUUCAACACGAACAGACGAGAUCGCCACCCCGAGACCCGCGGCCGUCGACGUUGGUCUUCCACUGCCAAUUGGCCCACGGCAGUCCCACAGGACUGAUAUCGGACUUCAGCAAUGUCCGGGAACUGUACCAGAAAAUUGCCGAACGUUACGACCUACCUGCGGAGGAGAUUCUUUUUUGCACGCUCAACACGCACAAAGUGGACAUGACGGAGCUACUAGGCGGGCAAAUCGGCGUGGGCGACUUCAUAUUCGCACAUAAGAAAGGCCAACCGAAAGAAAUCGAGUUGGUGAAAACGGAUGACGCUUUGGGCCUGACGAUCACUGAUAAUGGUGCCGGCUACGCUUUCAUAAAACGUAUAAAGGUGGGUUCUGUGAUCGACAGGAUAAAGGUGAUCGAAGUGGGCGAUCAUAUCGAGAGGAUCGACUCGACCAGCCUCGUCGGCAGGCGACAUUUUGAAGUGGCGAAGAUGCUGAAAGAUAUACCGAAGGGUUCAACAUUUACAUUGAGGCUGGUGGAACCGCAGAAGAAUGGCUUUGGUAGCAUCGGACCGCGUGGUGAUCUCAAAAAAGGAAAGAAGCUUGGCUAUGGAUCUGGCAAGGAGACCUUGAGAUUCAAGGCUGACGGUAGCGCACAAAUCGUAGAGCAGAUUGAUGAUGCCGCUGCGAUAGGUGUCGAAAAGAUUAACACUAUCUUGGAAAGCUUCAUGGGCAUCUCUGAUACAGAGUUAGCGACACAAAUCUGGGAACUCGCUGAGGGUAAAUGCAACAGUAUAGACUUCGCCGAAGCGAUAGACAACUCCGACUUGGAAGACUUCGGUUUUACUGACGAUUUUGUGAUCGAAUUGUGGGGCGCUGUGACGGAUGCCAGAGCAGGCCGGCAUCGAUGACGCGAGGAUCAAUAAUGUAAUAACAAUCGUCGAAUAAUGAAGCGAUGAAAUUAUCUGUGAACGAAGUGUUUUUCUGAUUGAAGAAGAUGACGUUCGUUCAUUUUCGUGUUACCGUAAUCCAGAGGCCUGGACGUGGGCGUUUAGCGUCAAUCGUGAUUACAUUUCUCUUUGAACAAUUUUAUUUAAAAAAUGGCUGCGUUCAGCAGAAAAAGCAGCUUUUGUAAAAUUCUUUAACAUGAUUGAUUUAUACAUUUAGCUCCAGUGAGGAGCUAAGAACAAAAGUUAAAGAAUUAAUUUUACAGUUGUAAAGCUGCUUUUUCUGCUGAACGUAAUCAACGAAUGAUUUGAUUUACGAAUGUUCCUCAAAUGCGAAUCGAGCUGGCGUAUUCGAUCCUAGAUGCGUGGCAAAGAUGUAGGCUAAAAUCUACAAUAUAUUCCGUAAUAAUUGUAUCAUACACUGUGUCAUAUGGUAAAAGCGUAGCAACUCAAAUUGGAAAAUAGAAGACAGAUAAUUCUUUACAGAUUGCGCAGAAAAUCAAUGACAAUAUUUUCGAUAUUAUUCGAAAGAUAUUAUCUUAAAGAAUUGUAUUAAAGAAGAAUUUAUUAUUGUAAAUUCUUUCUCUUCUUUUGUAUUAAAAUACCGAUCUUAAUUUCCUUAUUAUAACGAAACAAUUCUGUUCAUUCAAAUCGAUAUCGAUAUCCCUAUAAAAAAAAGACGCGGAAAAUAUCUGUUACUGACUACUAUAAUAUUAAUUAUUCGAACGACAGCGUAAACAUGUUGAUUCGCAUUAUCAAAUGACGUUAUUGCGUUGGUAUCGCGCGAUAUCAAUAAUAUUAUUCUAACAUGAGUCGUAUUAGUAUUCAUUAGUAUCAACCCAGGCAACAGGCGUGUCUAGAAGACAUCGCGAAGAUGUCUUUAGUUUGAUAAAGAAUGUUUGAAAAUCAAAGACGUCAAACUUGUCUUUUCAAUUAUUUCAUAAGAAGUCUCUCAAAAAUUGUAGAACGUCUUGAUGUCUUGUAAGACAUUUUAAUGUUCCCCGAGCAUUCAGAUGUUAUAGUGAUAAGAAUGGAUUAAUAUAUAUUUUAAUACAUAUUUAAGUUCAUGCAAUAUGAUUAUAAGAGUGCGAGAAAUUAUUAUAUUCAUUUUCGAGAAAAGUCUUUAUAAUAAAGGCAUGAUCUUUAUUGAUUUCACACAUCGAAUAAAUAUUUAUUAUGAAACCAAACGUCUUGAAGACUAUUUAUAGAAUGUAUAUUACCAGUGUAUAAAAGUUGAUGCUCGCUAUCUAAGAUAACGAAGGUAUUUGGAAAUCAGUCUUUUGUUGAACACGUAUAAAAAACAGACCCAAAUAAAACAAAGAAUCAUGACCUCAUAA